AUGCAAUUUGGACAAGGACUUUGCAGUAACGCUUAUAAUAAGCAGCGUAGCUUGAGAACUCAACGAGGAAGUCGAACACACUACAGAGUACUCAAUCUAUGGAUGUUACCAGAGGCGGAAGUAAACAGUGACAACAUGAGGAUGAUUUCUCAUAUGAUCAAGAGGGUCAGCAGAGUGAAAUUCAGCUCACUGAGGAAUAAGGUAUCAUGCAUAAUGACAGACUCGGGAGCUGGAUCCUCGAAACCACUGAAAGGUAUUCUGAAGAAAGCUAAAUCCUAUGAUCAAGACUCGUCGAUCCACGGUCCCGAGUGCCCCCUGCAUGGCCAGCGGUCCCCAGGACCUCUAGACCACCGGCAGGGCCGCGCUGGCCCGGGGUCGGGCAAGCCGCUCAGAGGCAUCCUGAAGACCAGCGCAAGCUGUGGUGCUGCGGAGGAAUGCACCGAUUCUAAAAGCUCGAAAUUGAGACAAAGACAGCGAUGGGAUGAGUCCAACAUUUUGGCCACGAGCUGUCAUUCCUGGCUCAACGUUCCCAAAACUGGAUCUCACCUAUGUAGCCUCACCAUGCUGGAUUGGCCUGCUUCCAGCACAUGGGAGGAACAGACAUGUCUGUGUGCAAGUAAGAGGAAAAGAAAGAGCCAGAGCUGGAAUGAGAUGAGUAUCCUGGCCACUCAACAGCCCUACAGUGGGAACAGCCCCUGGAUUCAAGUGGAUGACAGCUGUCCUGCUGGUGUGGCAUGGCAGUCUGAUGAUGGGGAGACCAGCCCCAGCUUGACCUCUGACCCUCGGCCUGUGGCCUCGCCACCGAGGCAGGAGAGCAAUUCAUAUCCACCCAAGUCACCAGCCUGUGAUAGGAUAGGAGACAGGAGGAGGUAUCAGUCCAAACAGGAAGGCCAGAAACGUACCAAAGUCCAAGAUGAAGGAGCACCAGGUGGCAGACACUACAGUGGUACCUCUCCCCUUUCCUCCCCUCCCUCCCUCUUCUCCUAUCGUACCUGCUCCCUGUCACCCCCUCCCUCCCCCCUGCCUUGCUCUCCCUACCUUUUAUGUUCCUCUCUGUCGCCUCCCCCCUUUUUGUCGCCUCCCUCGCCGUACCCCCUGUCCACCUCCUUGUCGCCCCCACCCCCCUCCCUCCUGUCUUUCAGUCUGUCAUCACCUGUGUCCCCCUCGCCUCCCCCCCCCACAAACAGCCCCAGCUUUGAGAAGCUGAGGAAAGCUCACCGCAGGGAGAACAAGCGGGUGUUGUUGGCCCUCAGGUCCGUGGCCAGAGACGAGGAAGCGAGGGACAAGGACGAUGCUACUGAUGACACAGUCCCAGCCUUGUGCCGCUGCAGUGACUGCUGCAGCUCCCCCAGUGGUGCGGAGUGUACAGUACAGACAAGCAACCAAACAGAUGUGGAAGAGAAGGCGGUUCACUCCGAUUCUUGAUGUCAGAGUACGCUCUCUCAGGACCAGUGUCUCUGAGGCCUCCUCAUCGCACACCUCCACAGCUCACUAAAACAUCUACCGACCAAUAAACAUUUGAAGACCUCCACAAUGUUGUUCUCCUUACUGUAUCUGGAC